AUGGCUUCAUCUGUUUUCUUUCGGAAACCACCUUCCUACUUCCUCUUGCUUGCAUUGCUGAUUACUUCAUCGGCUGCAGGCAAUUUCCACCAAGACGUCUAUAUCACUUGGGGCAAUGGCCGUACCAAGAUCCUCGACAAUGGCCAUCUCCUCACGCUCUCUCUCGACAAGUACUCUGGUUCUGGCUUCCAGUCCAAAACCCAGUACCUUUACGGCAAGUUCGACAUGCAACUGAAACUCGUACCGGGGAACUCUGCAGGAACAGUCACCGCCUUUUAUUUGUCGUCGCAAGGUGCAAUGCAUGAUGAGAUCGACUUGGAGUUCCUGGGCAACCUCAGCGGGGACCCCUGCGUCCUCCACACCAACGUGUACAGCCAAGGGAAGGGAAACAGAGAGCAGCAGUUCUACCUCUGGUUCGAUCCCUCCAAGCAUUUCCACACCUACUCUGUUUUGUGGAAUCCGUUCCAUAUUGUGUUCUACGUGGAUGGGAUACCGAUCAGGGAGUUCAAGGACAAGGAGUCGAUAGGGGUGGCUUACCCUAAGAGCCAGGCGAUGAGGGUUUACGGGAGCCUGUGGGACGCCGAGGACUGGGCAACGAGAGGAGGGCUGGUGAAGACAGAUUGGUCCAAGGAGCCCUUCGUCGCCGCCUUCAGGAAUUACACCGCCAAUGGCUGCUCCUGGCCGUCGUCCUCCUGCAAAGCCGACGCCUGGAUGUGGCAGCAGCUCGAUGGUGCAGGGCUGAACAAGCUGAGGUGGGCGCAAAAGAACUACAUGAUAUACAACUACUGCACUGAUACCAAAAGGUUCCCUCAGGGCCCGCCGCCUGAGUGCUCUGCAAGAUAGAUCAAUCCUUCAUAAUCGAUCUUCUUCAUACAGAGGCAUCUUAAAACCAUAAAUUCCUUUACGUUAAAAUAAUAAAUUCCCAAUCUUUUUUUAUGGGAAAAGAAUAGCUGAUCGACGUACGCAGACAAGAAUCACAGAGGCUGAAGUCACGAGAAAGAAUAGAAACAGAAAAUGAAAUGGGCGAGGGUUUGACCGUAGAGUAUUUUGGUGUCGAGAUGUUGUGGAGGGUGGGGCGAAUGCAGCAUGCCAUGCGCAAAAUGAUUGACCAACACUAUAUUGCCUAUUGUCCAAUUAAGUGACCGGCGCCUCGCACUAAUUAAACAAUAGACAGAGAUCGGACAUUCCUCGUGUUAAAAAUGAUGAAGCAUGAAGAGGAGGAUUCCACUGCAAGUCGUCUUCGACUUUAAUUGCCCUACCACAGAGGGAAGGUGGCUUGCAGCAGGUCAUUCUCCUUUGUCGGCCUCAAACGAUGUGAGCCAACCAUUUUCUUCCUUUUCGCCAUCUACAUCAGUCCAUUAUUCACAGUGGAUUUGAACGAUGGAAAAUUUGCACAGCGUUGACAGACAGACAGAUACACGUUUUGUUCAAUUAGGUAGACUUGAUCAGAUGGAGGUAUAUAUCCACCAAAGAAAUACUUCCUUUCUAACAUCUCCUCCAAUAUCAUCACUCUCAACGACACUGAUAUGAUGAAGUCAGAAUGAUUCGACUGCAUUUGAAAUUUAGAAUGAUGCUCUAGAUCUCCACUAUGACUUCCAUUGCCAUUUCUUAGCUUAAUUAACCCACUCUCCACAUUGCAAUCUCUUAUUUUAAUCUGAAUAUGGUAUAGGAUUAAAAUGUACAGUUGGAGUACCAUGAAAAAUAAGAAAUAGCAAUGGAAGUCAUAGUGGUAGUUGCUGGUGCCGUUGUUUUCCUCUGCAAGCAGUGCCCACCAUCCCAAUACAGAAACAACCAAAGAAGGAAGCUGACCCCCACGGGAUUAAUGGGAGAUCCAAGUGACAUCCACUGUAGUCCACUCUUCUUCUUCCUCCACCCCCUGCCUCAAUUCCUCUCCCUUCCCAUUCAUCUUCCUCAUUUCUUACAUUGUGUUUAUAGACGGUCUUCUUUGUGCUCUGCAGUAUUUGGCCGGUGAUGAGUUAAUGCGGUUCUUCCCCUCCGUUAUUUGGUAUCCAAGUAGUACGUGAGGAGAAUGAAGAGGAGACGCGCUCAGGCUGCGUUGAUCGCAUGCUUAAUCUUGUUCGUCGUCGCCGGUUCCUGGCGCGGCGGCGUCGUCCACAGGAAGCACAGUAGGCACCAUCACGCCGGACGUCGGCCACCACCACCGGCGCAGGAGCUGACUGCUGCCGGCGUAGCUACCAUUCGCCGGCAAGGAUGCAGGUUGAAGAAGGUCGAUAUUCUCUGUAACGACGGCGAGAAGAACCAGAGCUUGGUCGUCGACAACGACAAGCGGCGCGUGCCGACCGGCUCAAAUCCAUUGCAUAACAGAAUAUUGUAAAGAGUGGUAAUUAAGUAGCUGCACACUACAGAGCAAGAGGAGCUUCAGUGAUGCACAUGAGAGCUUGGCAGACUUUUUCAGGCGACUUCAAUUUGCUGCAGUUCAGUUCAAACCCGACCUCUGUUUAACAGACACAAAUCUAUAUUCAUGUGAAGACAUGAGAGCCACGUGUGGGGGGUUGGGGUUCCUCAUUGGAGAGGAGAUGACAAUAAAUAAUAGGGCAACUAAUGUUAAUAUCUGUCCAAGGAAUCUAUGUAAAGGGUCAUAGAUUUGACUCUUUUUCCUCUACAGUGAAGACGCUUGACAUUUCACUGCGGCUGCAGCAGGAAGAAGAUUGUGUUGCCAUGGCAUAGCUAUCAAGCACAGCAUCUGAGUCCAUUGUUUUUAUAACCUCAUUGUUUUUUUUAAAAAAAAAAAAAUAGAUCUUGUAAAA